GUGUGCUCUACCAUGACAUCUUAAGCGGGCAAUUCUCUCUCUCAGCACUCACGAAAGCCACUUUGUGCACCCAUCGCGUAGCACCAGCUCCUCCGGAAAGGAACACACGUUCGUCACGACCAUGGCACAGUGCUGAAAACGGAAAUGGCGCUAUUUACCGGAUUCCAGCUACAGGAGUAUAAAGUCUCUCUCAGGCAGUUCAUACACUCUCCACCUCAAAGCCCACGCAUCUUUCUCCGCAGAUCCCAAGACUUCAACAUGCGCGCUCUUGCACUCUGUCCUCUCCUGUUCGGACUGCGUUCCCUCGCAGAUACCCUCAUCAGCAGAAACUUCCCUCACCUCAUCAUCCCUGUCAGCAGACUGGAGCCCGACCGUGUCUUCAACACCCAGGAGGAAUUCGACAUCGAGCGCGAUGUCUGGACCGAAAUGUCCUUCGAUCCGCCAGUGAACGGCGCCACCUGGUGUGCCUUCCACUUCGAGCUCAGCCUCGACGCCCCGUGGUGGCUCUGGGGCUACGCACCCUACACCUUCAACAUCUCCUCCAUUACGCCCACGAUGAACAAGGACACCGAUACGUGGAACAACCGUCCCCAGCCUAUUGAGCUGGUUGCUUCCAUCGAGAUAUUUCCCGAUGGCAAUACGACCAUGUAUGGGGGCAUUUUCGGAUGCAAGAAGGGUGAGCCGGCGCAGUUCUUGCUGCAGCCGUCGGCUCCGGAGGCGAAUUGGGGGAUCAGGUGGUUUGAGCUGGAUGCUCCCUUGAAUGGGAUUACGUAUGAUAUGUAUGUCUGAUGUUCGGCCGGGGGUUUGGUGACGAUGACCGGGAUGAGAUGAGAGCGAGAGGAAGUAGGGG